CUACACUAAACAACUAUGUCGAACGCAGACUAUAUUGCGAGGAAAUAUUUAAAAAAAGACACAGGAAAGAAAAGAAAAAAGUCUAAAUCCUCAGAUUUUCUAGAAAUUCAAGAUGAAGAUGUUGCUGGAUGGAGAAAUGACGAUGAAUUCGCAGGUUAUUCGGAGGGAGCUACUAUAUCACAGGAUCAACCAACAAUUGUUAAUCAUGAACAUAUAGAAGAUUUGGAUGAAAAUACGAUUGCCCAAAAAGCCCAGGAUGCGACGGCCAUAACAGCAUCGCGUUGGAAACCUGUAGGUGCUAGCGAGACAAAACCAAAAUUAGAACCUUCAAAACAAUCAACGAAUCAAGGUCCCGGGUAUGGCUUAGUGACAGGCAAACAGGUUUCAGAAGAAGCGAGGCGGAAACGUGAAAGUGAAGUGCAGGAGAAGUUCGCUAUGUCAGAUGAGGAAUUAAGGAAAAGUAAAGAAACUGUCUAUCGUGAUGCAACAGGUAAACGUAUUGAUAUUACCCUCGCUCGCCAAGAAGCACGGAAAAAGCUAGCUGAACAAGAAUUGGAAAAAAAGCAACAGAAGGAAAAUCAACAGGGUGAGGUACAACUUCGACAACAACAAGAAUACAUUGCAGAGCUGGAACGGCAAAAAAAUGUACCUCUCUCUAGGUAUGAAGAUGAUCCGGAAUAUAACCAGGAACUUAAGGAAAAAGUUCGAUGGAACGACCCUGCAACAUCAUUUUUGACGAAACGAUCUACGACAUCUACAAAGGCAUACCAAGGCUAUGCACCACCGAACAGGUUCAAUAUUCGUCCUGGCCAUCGAUGGGAUGGUAUUAUACGGGGUAAUGGAUUUGAAAAUCGAUGGUUUCAGCGACAAAAUGAGCGGAAAGCUCGAGAACACGAAGCUCAGAUGUGGGCUGUGGAAGAUAUGUAAUGUAUAGCGUGCUUCCUGUCGAGGAAUUCAUACCUAAUCCUUUAUGAAAAGACGGGAGAUGUAUCGUACAACUUCAAAAUAAAUUAUUAUACUUACAUUUUAUUAGGGUCUACAUCUAUUAAAGUAGUUUUGGUAUAAACUCCAGUAUCUCCAUCUAUGCAAGUUUACGAUUGAGGCCCAAGUAAAAAGGAUGAGGCUA